AUGGGUCAUUGGAUCGCGGAAUGUACCUCGCGGAUCCAUGACAACGCGGACCGGCAGCGUCCGCAGCGUGCGAAUGUGGCGCACAACCAAGAUGAAAACUUGAACGAUUUCCUGUUUGCAGCUGGUUUGGAGAGCAACGACGACGACAGCGUCAAGAAUCCAGCAUGGCUGAUUGACUCAGGUGCGACGCAGCACAUGACGUGUUCCAAGAAGUUCAUGAAGAACUACAAAACCUUCGACCCAGUUAACGUACAUCUCGCGGACGACGGUGUGGUACAGGCGGUUAGGACCGGCAACGUAGUGAUGAUGAUGAAGACACCAAGUGGUGCCAAGAAGGGUGUGCUUACGAAUGUGUGGAACAUUCCAAAGCUUUCACGCAAUUUGUUCUCAGUCGGCCGAUUCACCGAGGAUGUCGCGACAGUGACGUUUGAUACGAGCACCUGUUGUGCAAAUUUCAAGAACCAGAAGUGGAAGAUCGGCGAGCGUGCCGGCAAAGGUCUCUAUAAAUUAUGCAUGACACCUGUGCAAGUCGAGAGCGCGAGCAUCGCAAGUGAAUCCAACAAGCCUCAGAUGAGCAAGUCAUACUUGUGGCAUCUGCGUCUUGGUCACAUUGGCCAUCGUGGACUCGACGCGAUCGUGAAGCAGAAUCUCGGUGUCGGCAUCGACAUUACAUCUGUGGGCAAGUGGGAGCUUUGCAAGGAUGCGCGCUCGGAAAGCAGACGCGAGUGA